GGAGCCAUGGCCGGGGCAGGGGGCUCAGCGCGGCGGCUGCUCCGGCCCCGCCGGCAGCGGGGCGGCGAGGAGGCACUGGGAGAGCAUCUGGCCUGUCAGCGAAAAGCCGAGGAGGAGCGGCAAAGUGCAGAGCUGCUGAAACAGACUGAAGCCGAGAGGCAGAAGAUUGUUGCGGAGUGGAAGGAGCUGCGAGGGUUCCUGGAGGAGCAGGAGCAGCUCCUGCUGUCCCAGCUGGAGGAGCUAGCCAGAGCCAUUGUCAGGAGAAGGGACGAGGGUGUCUCCAGACCGUCCGGGGAGAUUUCCCUGAUCAGAGAGGAGGGGCAGCAGCAGUCGAGGAGCCAAACCCCGCAGGUCAGACUGGCUUAUGGCAGCGCUAAUACGCUGCUUCUCAGCUCUAGCCCCCAACGCGCCUCACAAGGUGAGGUCAGGGACAUUAUCCCUGUUGUGCAAAGGGGAAAGUGAGGCACA